AUGACGAGCAUCCUCGACAUCCCAGGCACUACCCCGCCAAACCGCUUCUCAUCUCUUAUUCAAGAAGCUCUGACAUCAAGAGGCUACCCUUUGCUCUUCGGUUAUUCAGUGGAAAAAAUCAUCGACGCUAUCACCGCAAGCCACGAUGCCAAUCAAGCGAUCUGGGAACUCUGGGACGCCUUCUUUAUCAACGUCGUGUCGUGUUCGCCUGCAUACGACUCUCAUCUUGCUCUACUGGACGCCAUUCGCGCGCAACCGCCCUCGAAGCCCAAAGUUUUACGGUUGUGUGAUAAAGCUAAGCGCGAUGGCCAACUACACUGGUCGGAGUUACCUGGCUUUGAUAUGUACUGGGGAGAUGCGCAUUCUAUCCUCCUAGGACGACGCAACUGGAAUGGUAUACGCGAUCCAGGCACCGAAGAAGAUCCAUUUGGCAGCACGAUGAGGAUUAGACCCGACCAGCUAUACCUCCGCAUGUGCAUCUUCUCAGCGACACUGAUGAAACAUGGCCGACAGACAGGUCUGGGCUAUCCUAUGACGGUGUUUUACGCGUGUCGAUACGCACUCGAACGAGUACACGAAGCACCUCCGGAGCUUGAAUCCAACACGCACAGCAUACCACUCGAGCAAGUACGGGCUCUGGACGUACGGGUCGCGGCGAUAUGGCUACGGGACGGAGGCUGGGCGCUGUGGAAUGAAGAUCACAAAGAGCUGCGAGAGCAUUUCGCAGCGGCGUUGGACGAUGACGUGUCAGAACUGUGGCCGAAGGAUGACGGAUUGACACCAGAGCGGUGGGGGUUGUGGGAGAAGAGGCUGUGGGAUCUGAGCACGGAUGAGGAUAGGUUGGACGAAGAGACUAGGGCUGUGGUCAAGGAGGCGUAUGAAGUGGUUGAAGGGAUUUUAGAUUCCGGAGAGUGA